CUGACAGCGGCAAAGGCGGAGCCAACAGCAGCAGCUUUUGCCACGAAACUGGAGAGCGCAAUGAUUCGUGGUUGGCUAAACCGUCGGCACAAACCCAACGAGGUGUUCACGUUCCUGCAACUGGAGAAAAGCGGCGCCAAGGCUUUCGAGACCCCUCAGUUUGCCACUUGGCUCAACUAUCUCAACGCUUUCAAUGAAAAGUACCCUAAGAAGAAAACGACCAUGCUGCAAGUAAUGAAGGCGAAGUAUGCUAGCGACGAAGGGGCUCUUGCUCUGGCAAAGAUGGUGGCGUCGGUGGACGACGCUGGUACACCGUGGAGCAAAGUCCUCAAAGAAGAGUUGGUGACGGGUUGGAUGGACCAGCCAAAUCACCCCGAAAACAUCUUCAAGAUGCUGAAGCUCGAUGAAGCAGGGGACGGCCUCCUCAGCAGCCCGGCCUUGGCUACUUGGGUCCAAUACCUGAAAGCGUUCAACAAGGAAUACCCCCGUGCUCAGACGACCAUGAUCCAGACGUUCACGAAGAGCUACGGCGACGAAAAACUAGCGACGAUGAUCCAGGCGGCGAAGAAGACCCCGACGACGGAGAAACUUGCUGCAAAUUUGCAAACGGCGCAGUUUAAACAAUGGAUGGCUCAAGGCAAAACGCCGGACGACGUCUACAAAACUGUGUUGAAACUGGAAUCGACCAGUAGUCCGAAUGCUGACAUUUGGCGCGCAUUCUACAAGGCGUACGACGAGGCAUUUCCAGGGAAACUGUUUUCGUUCAAACCA